CUUGUAUUCUGCUGCUGCACAUAUUGCAUUACUGGCUCAUUCUUCUUAGAACGGUUGCCUCAAGAGAUGGCGGAAAAGGAUAAGCAGUCCACCGCCGCUCCUCCAACUUUAUCCCUAUAUGAUGACCUCCUCAACAACGCAAAUCCCAAUGCGACCAUAUCGGCAGCUCCUGUACUGUACGGCAAAAAGGAAGACGAUGAUGUGAAGACAAGGCUCGCCAAAAUUCAACAAAGUCUCAAUGCCGGUUAGACCACUUGAAACCCCGUAAGGAUCCAUGAUCUGAAGGACACGCCUGCUAAACUUUGCUGAAGCGCGUCCGCAGCCUAAACGGCCGCCUCAGAAUGCCAUCAGACCGGGCUUCAGGCCGAAGAUACCGACUUCAACCGCCAAGUCGACAAGCACUUCAAGCACUGCUGCAAGGUCGAGCUCCCCUGUGAAGAGAGAAGAUGCUACUGCCGCGAGUGAUGGUCCGGCGUUGGCACAUGGACUAGGCUCUAGCGGUGCGACUCAAGUAAAGAGCGGAAUAGAGGACUGGGUGGGCGGGGACGAGUGGUAUGAGGGACCUAAGAGAGAGCGUGGCGGUCGUAAAAAGAGGAAGAAGGAGAAAGAAAAGGAGAAAGAGAUGCGAGAAAGGGAGGAGCAGAAUUGGGAUGCAAUUUAUGAUCCGACGAGACCUACUAGCUACGAAGCAUACAAGGAUAGCGACGAGCGAAUUAGGGAACUUGAGGAUUGGAUGGCUGUAUUGCGAGGAAGACGUAGGAGAAGAGACAGUAGUUUCCAGUCCAGCCGAUCUGGAAGCGAAGAAUAUGCCCGUCGGCCGAUGAACCGAAUGUUUGCUCCGCCAGGCAUGAACUUCGCGCCACCUACCAGUUACGACGAUGACACACCGACCGACUCUCUUGGUCGGGGAGAGACCCCAGGAGCCGAAGCUGAUACGGGAGACGAUGCGUACGCUAGGAGGAUGCGUAUGUCAGGCAUUUCAGGUCCACCUCGGUCUCUCUCUCCGCCUUCUGCAUCAGCACUCAAGCAGUCGUCGCCACCACCUUCAUGGACAUCCUCAUCAGAGCUUCCUCAGCCGCAUCCACCCCCACCUCCACCUCCACCUCAAUUUGCCCCAGGGGUUGUCAUUUCUGCCGAGCCAGUGCGCUAUACACUUCCUCCGCCACCACCGGACCUUCCCUCUAAUGAUUCCGAGUUACAUACUGCAUUGGAAAAUGCAACACCCGCUGCGGAUGAACCCGAGGAACCGCAACAACGUUCAAAUCGUCCCGGACAGAAAGGCUUUGCGGAACGAUACAUGGCCAAACACGGUUACAAGAAAGGACAGGGUCUUGGUGCAAGCGGCACCGGUAUCCUCAAUGCUUUGGCCGUCAAAGUCGAAAAGGCCAAAAAGACAUACGACGCAGAGGGAAAUCUCACCAGUGCACCUCCAAGCAUGGGAAAGAUCGUAGGAGGUAAGAAAAGAAAGGGAACAGAGGACACGAAGAUGUCAAGCGUGGUGCGGUGCUUGCACAUGGUGGAUGGACGAGACCUUGAUUAUGAAAUGGGACCCGAAGGCAAUCUGGUCGAGGAGAUCGGACAGGGAUGUGCGGAGAGGUAUGGUAAUAUCGAAAGAGUUCUUGUGCAUCGCAACGUGGAGGAAGGUCAGACAGUGCCUGUCUUCCUCAAGUUCACGGCCCAGAUCAGCGCUUUGAGGGCUGUGGCAGCGUUGGACGGAGGCGAAUUUGGUGGUAACACCGUAAAAGCCGAAUUUUGGGACGAGGACAAGUUCGAAAAAGGGAUUUAUGAGUGAGAACUCGUCGCCAUAGGCUGAUCGAAGUCCAUUUGGCCUCAUCUCUCUCGACGACUCGAUGACGGAGCUAAUAUCAACAAUUCCCCCAACCCCC